UAUUUCCUGGAGUUCUGACUUUAAGUAUAGGGUACUGAUUUUAAAAGCUCUCUGAGGUUAAUUUUUUAAUGAAUUUUUUUCAUUUAAAUAAAAUACCAGACCUGAUCCAUGGCUCUUUAGGAAGAGUAAAACUUUAGACUUUUAUUACUGAUCGGAUUAUAGUAAAAUAAUAAAUAACUGAAAAAAUAGUACAACUUCUGAAAAGAUAAAUGGUCUAUAUGUGCUUGGCUCUUAAGCUUUAUAAGUUAAUUAUUACAGCAAUUAAUUUCAUAUUACUGUAUUUAGUAUGAGUACUUUGAUGUAAAUAAAUAUAUACUUUGUUCGUGAAAAUAAACAUGCUGCAUAAUGUUUGUUUAUGUACGUUGGAUAGCAAAACCAGCUAAAUUUCAUAUGCCACUAGGGGCCAGCAAAGAGUUCUUUACAGACUAUCUGAACACUUGGCAUUCAGAUAUGUUUAUUUGAAGUAUUAAGUCCUUUUUUCAACUUCUGAACUUAGCACAACACUCUUAACUGGGUGGAUUGGAGAAACAGUUGAAAUUGUAAAAGGUAUAAAUGUGUCUUGGGGAGGGAGGGUCAAAUACGAAUUUUUCAUGGGAUAUUUUCUUGGCAGUUUUGAUAUUCAGAAUAUAAAAGGCAUUAUUUUAAAACUGUGCCACUUGGCUAAAAUGGCAUUCCAAUUGCAGGAGAAAAUAACUAGUGGUAACUUCUUUAAAAUAUCUUUAUCAGAAUGACCUUAAUUUUUAUGAUGAAUAAAAUUUAUUUGAUUAGUUUACCUUAAAUUUCCCUUUGAAUCUGUGACAUUUAUUUUCCCCUCAGUAUUUUGGCAUUCCUAACUUAUUAAAACUUUAUAUUUUGGGAUUUUAAAAAGUUUAAUUGGUAAAUAUUUCUCGGCAUCAAUCAACUUAACUGUGUUCCUAUUAUAGUUAUUAUUUGGAAAGUCAGUCUUUGAUUUGAUACUCAGUUCAUGGGACUUCAUUCCUACCAACUUCCUGUAAUUCUAUACCUUCGGGUAAAAAUAUUAGUGGUUAAACUCCUCCGGAGAAAAUUUUUGCGCAUUGAUUCAAAUAGUUAAAUAGUUCACCUAGUGUAGCCAGAGAGAAAAAUACUGUUUAAACUUGAAAUGCUAGUGGAUUGUUGUUCUUGUGUUACUCAUUCAUGCAAAUGGGAGAAGGUAUAAUUGAAACAAGGUUGGCUGUGUUUGAGGCAGAGGGCUGCAGCUGAGCUUGGCUUGAAGGUCGCCGGAAUUCAAGUGGUCUGUAAGUGAAGGCAUUUUGACUACUAGGAAGACUUUUUGAAACCCUAGGCUCUGGAAUGAGUUGUUUGCUUCUUUAUAGGAUAACUUAUCUACUAUUUUAUUUUGGAUAAAAGCUACAAUUUAAAAAUUCUUUUAAAUAGACUACUCAUGAUUUUUGUCUUCAAAUGUGGUACAGCUGCUGCUAGCUUGUCUUCAGACAGAGAUUUGUUAUGACUUUCACUUGCUUGUUUAAAAAUGAGAACAAAUGGCACAAUUGCUUUUUGCAUCCAGAAGAAGCAAUAUUUGCUCACUUUCGGAAACCUCUGGAGAUGAAUUGGAUAAUAUUCACAUGUCCUUCAAAAGAUCGACAAAAAUUUCAACAUCUAACAUUAUUCACAUGAAGCUGACUGCCAGUUUAGCCCCUCAAACACAGGAAAAUACUAAGUCUCAGGAAGGAACAACUGAGCCUUCAUCUCAAAAUAUUAGCAAAAAGGGCAACUUUCUCCAGAUUUCACUACAGCCUACAAGGUAUAGUAGAUAUCUAAAGUCUGACAAUGUUGUAACUACUGGUGAAGAUAAAGUAUCUACUCAUGUUUUAACAGGAGGAAUUUAUAAUGGAGCCACAGAGGAUGAUAAAUUGAGGACUAUACAUGAUGGCAGCCAAUUAAGAAUCCCUUCCAUCAAUGACAGCCCAUGCAGUAUUUUAACCAGGGAUAAUGACUCUUUUAGCAGCAAUUGUAGUGAUUAUGGAUCAUGUAUGAGUACAAGUGUUGAUAGUUCACAUAACUGCAUCGUUAAUGAUAGUAGUACAUUUCCUCCAAGUGAUACUUUUUUCCAUGGGACUUUAUCCUGUAAAGGUACAACCAAGAAGAAUUUGACAAAUAUUAAUACUGUCCCAUCUGAAGUUAUUUCAAAUAAUAGAAGUACAAUUCCUUUUUACCAGGAUGACUUGGAGCAAGGAUUGGAGAUGAUGAAAUUUCCAGGGAGAAAGAAAUCUAAAUUUCCACUAAAAUAUUGUUCAUCUUUACUAAUUUUCCCUAAGAGCCCUUCAGCUUCUUCAGUGAACUCAGGUACUUUACCAAGAAAAGGAUCCUAUCAAACUUCACACCAGUUCAUUAUUUCUUCCAGUGAACUUGCCAAAACUGAAGAUGGUGCAACUUCUAAAGAAUUUCUUUCUACAGCAAUCAGUGGACUCCGGCUAUCUAAAUCCAUAUGUGCUCCAGGGAAAAUUAGACACAUUAAGCCACUUCAUGUGAAUGGUUCAUUUAAAGAAAACAUUUUUACUUCAAAUAAGAAUUCUAAUAAGUUGGUUUGUGAAAAAUCAUCUUACAGCUGUUCUUGUGUUUCACUACAUUUCAGCCAGCAAAGAGCAUCUUUAUCAAAAAGUGAAACAACAAAUGGUCUUUGUAAUCCAGAAAUGUCAGCUGUGGAGUUUAAACUUAAUUCUAGUUCAGAGCAUAUUGAGCUGAUUCAUAGCACAUCUGCAUGCCUGCCAUCUCCCCGAAAUGUGGACUGUCCAAUCAGUAUUGAAAGAGAAUUGGAAAGAUUAAACUUUCAGACAAGCAAAUCCCAUCACACUUUACAAAGAAGUAUUUCAUUGGAAGGAACUUAUCCAAAUCUUUCUUGUUUAUCCAGCCUUAAGCAUAGUUGUUCCAUGGCAGGGCCAUCUCAAUUACACAUUCAGUUCACAUCUGGAAAUGAAGGCAAAGUGAGUAAUUUUCCAAAAGAAGGCAAGAACUAUUUCAAAAGAGAAUUGUCUAAUACUUUGAAACACUGUUGUAAGACAAGAGAUAACUUCCUAGGCCAAGUAGAUGUACCUCUUUACCAGUUACCGACAGAAAAUCCAAAUAUGGAAAGACCGUACACAUUUAAGGAUUUUCUUCUUCACCCAAGAAGUAACAAAACAAAAGUUAAAGGUUAUCUUAGAUUAAAAAUGGCUUAUGUGCCUAAAGCCAGUGGAUCUGAGGAUGAAAACACAGAACAGAUUGAAGAGUUAGAGCCUGGCUGGAUUAUUGUGGACCAGCAAGAUGCCACUUUUCAUUUGCAGCAUCAACAGGAAUCCUCUCCUCUGCCUCCAGGGUGGGAAGAAAGGCAAGAUGUUCUUGGAAGAACCUAUUAUGUAAAUCAUGAGUCUAGAAGAACACAAUGGAGAAGACCAACCCCUCAGCACAACACAGAAAAUACUGUGAAUGCUAACAUUGAACAGCAAGGGCAGCAUGCAUUUACUACACGGAAGCAAAUAUCUGAAGAAACUGAAAAUUCUGAAAACAGAGAUGCUACAGAGAGUUGGGAGAUUAUAACAGAAGAUGAAGCUACCAUAUGUAGUAAUCAAAAUCUUCAGUCAGUUCUGCCACAAAGUCACUUUGAUAUUGAGACAUACUUUGUAAGAGAAUUAAAUGCCAGACCUUCUACCUCUGGAAAUUCAGCUAUAGGCCAACAGAUAUUCAACUGUAACCACUUCAAAAGAAGAGGAAGUUUGCAAGCAUAUACUUUUGAGGAGCAACCUGCACUUCCUGUGUUUUUGCCUACUUCAUCUGGAUUACCACCAGGCUGGGAAGAAAAACAAGAUGGUAAAGGAAGAUCCUAUUACAUAGACCACAAUUCCAAAACUACAACAUGGAUGAAACCUAUUAUACAGUCAACAAUAGAAAACAUUCAGUUACCAUCACACCCAAGUUCUUCUACAUCUACUCAAAAACCAAUAGCUACAAGUGAUUCAUCACUACCUUCCUUGAGUCAGCAAUCUGAAUCUGAGCGGAGAAGUCUUCCUAAAGGUUGGGAAGUCCGACAUGCACCAAAUGGGAGACCUUUCUUCAUUGACCACAAUGCCAAAACUACCACCUGGGAAGAUCCAAGAUUGAAAAUUCCAGCUCAUCUGAAGAGAAGCACAUCCCUUGAUACUUCUGAUCUAAGGCCUUUACCUCCAGGAUGGGAAGAGAGAAUUCACACAGAUGGAAGAGUCUUCUACAUAAAUCACAAUAUAAAAAGAACACAAUGGGAAGAUCCUCGAUUGCAGAAUGUAGCAACAACUAGACCAGCUGUACCCUAUUCCAGAGAUUAUAAACGAAAGUAUGAAUUCUUCAGAAAGAAGAUGAAGAAGCAGAAUGACAUUCCAAAUCGAUUUGAAAUGAAACUUCGCCGCAAUACAGUUCUUGAAGAUUCUUACAGAAGAAUCAUAGCUGUGAAGAGAGCAGACUACCUUAAAGCUAGGCUAUGGAUUGAGUUUGAUGGUGAAAAAGGAUUAGAUUAUGGAGGAGUGGCCAGAGAAUGGUUCUUCCUAUUAUCAAAAGAAAUGUUUAACCCUUAUUACGGGCUAUUUGAAUAUUCUGCUACGGAUAACUAUACCUUACAGAUAAAUCCAAAUUCUGGAUUGUGUAAUGAAGAUCAUCUCUCCUACUUCAAGUUUAUAGGCCGUAUAGCUGGAAUGGCAGUUUAUCAUGGCAAACUUUUAGAUGGUUUUUUUAUUCGUCCAUUUUACAAAAUGAUGUUGCAUAAACCAAUAACACUCCAUGAUAUGGAAUCUGUGGACAGUGAAUAUUAUAAUUCACUAAGAUGGAUUCUUGAGAAUGAUCCAGCAGAACUUGACCUGAGGUUUACAGUUGAUGAAGAACUCUUUGGGCAGACCCAUCAACAUGAAUUAAAAAAUGGUGGAUCUGAAAUAGUUGUCACCAAUAAAAACAAAAAAGAAUAUAUUCAUCUUGUAAUACAAUGGCGAUUUGUAAACCGAAUCCAGAAGCAAAUGUCUGCUUUUAAAGAGGGUUUUUUUGAACUUAUACCACAAGAUCUCAUCAAGAUUUUUGAUGAAAAUGAACUAGAGUUACUUAUGUGUGGAUUGGGAGAUGUAGAUGUGAAUGACUGGAGAGAACAUACAAAAUACAAAAAUGGCUACAGUGUAAAUCAUCAAGUUAUCCAAUGGUUCUGGAAGGCUGUUUUAAUGAUGGAUUCAGAGAAAAGAAUAAGAUUGCUUCAGUUUGUUACUGGCACAUCACGUGUACCCAUGAACGGAUUUGCUGAACUAUAUGGUUCAAAUGGACCACAAUUUUUCACAGUGGAACAAUGGGGUACUCCUGAAAAACUACCAAGAGCCCAUACCUGCUUUAAUCGUUUGGAUUUGCCUCCAUAUGAAUCAUUUGAAGACUUAUGGGAUAAACUUCAAAUAGCAAUUGAAAACACUCAGGGUUUUGAUGGGGUUGAUUAGAAUAUGAAUAACAAUGUGCUCUAUAGUUUCACUGCUGCAGUUUUAUAAAUGAAAUUUUGACUUAAAAUUCUCUAGGGAACUACUUCAAACUUAGCUAUUUUCACAAAUAUUGAAUAAAUGAUGUAAAACCUGUAAGAAGAUAUGAAUACUUAAAACAAUUUUAUAGUGAAACUUACGUCACUUUUAAAGUAACAUCAUAAACAGUAUUCUUGUAUGAAUAUCUUCAUAUUGUAAAGAUAAAGUUUGUCUUUUGAAUUGUGAUAAUGUGAUUUAAAUCUUCUGUGCCUAAAAUAUUGUUUUUCCCUCAACAAUUACCUCUGUUACAAUAUUCUUCAGGCAGUUCUUAAGACUACUGAAAUUGUAACUGUGAAAACAUUUAUGUAAGGAGUGUCAGGUAUAAAAAAAGUUGAUGCAUUCUAAGUACAAAAACAUAAAAAAAUGUUGAAAACUUAAAUAUAAGGUUUUUUUUGCAAUAUAUUCAGUGCUGCUUUCAGCUAUUUAUUAUUAUGUGUAUUGC